CACUCAAGAAAAUAUCACUGGAGGUUCAUUGCUAACCGAUUUGCUUAUUCGUAAUGUUUAUUAUCCAAGUACGAAUAGUAAUCAAACGGAUGGUGGAACUAUUCUUGCAUCAUACACUGGUGAACAAGAUUCGAUGAUCUGGCAAUCUUUCUCUGAAGCAGAGGCUAAUUAGCAUUGAAACUAUUGAUUAAAAUUCAUAAAAAUUCACCGAAUAUUCGUGACUAUUUUCAAGGCGGAAAAAUCAAACAUUGGUGUGUAGAUCCUUAUGAACGUGGAGCUUUUACUACUCCCAUUCCAUCACCGCCUGAAAUUAUUGAAUUACAAUCACCCAUUUCGAAUAUGCAUUUUAUUGGUGAGCAUACAAGUUUAGUACGUGGAAUGAUCGAAGGUGCUCUCUCAUCGGCAAUACGAGGGGCUAUAGCCAUUACAGAAAAUGCAAAUACAACAUUCGAUGCAAUCAUCGUAGGUGGAGGUUUUAAUGCUAAUCAAUCAACAGUCGAAGGUGAUUUCCGAUCGAUUAAACAAACAUGUGAAAAACGUCAAAUGGGUUGUGAAUUUUUGAAUAGUACACAAUUACACAUGCGCUAUCCAACAUUCUCGUUUCCUCCUCAAUAUCAAGCUACAUUUCUGCCUGAUAAUCGAUUUUUACUUGAUUACGUUCCACAGACAAAUAGACGAGUACUGAUACAAGCUGCCGGCUGGAGCAUGAAAUUUGUGCCUGUUUGGGGUGAUAUUCUUUCGGACAUGAUCUUUCUUGAUGAAGCUAUGAAUUCAUCUUCAAAGUAUGCACCAUAUAUGGAAUAUUUUUCGUUAUCACGACCCAAUGGAGUUAUUGAAAGCACAACAAUAACCAGCAAAGGAUUUCAAACUAAAUCCAUAUGCUUUCUUACUCUUGUUCUCUCAUUUUAUACUGCUUUCUUUUGAACAAUUAGAAAACUUCUUAGUUUAGAAAUUAUGUGUUUAAAUUUCCAAUUUUAUAGAACGUUUUAGUAGAAUGCUCUUUUGUGUCGACUAGAUGAUCCAAAAUGGGUCGAGAAAUAUAGCUAUGUCAAGAGAUCACAACAAAGAUUAGUGAGACUAAGUUUUUUAGUAUAUAAGUUUGCAUUUAGUGGUGGAAAAUCCACACGCAAACGAUUGAAGGAGAUAUCUGCUAUUCGAUCAAUACCAUACAUUCAAUAAUGAAAUAUAUUAAUAUUAUAAUAGAUUCUCCGUUCAGUCUUAAACUUCUGUUUUCUGAAGCAAUUCAGUUUUACAGUAUCGGGCAAUGAAUUCCACAUAGAAGUUGUAUAAGGGAAAAAAGAUUUUUCUGCACGUACAGACUUUAAGUGCAGCUGUUUCAACUCAGGUCGAUUGCGAAGCGAAUAAGGAACUGAAUCG